CGACAUGAACUCUUUCCUUUGGAGAGUAAAGCGGGCACCUCCUCACCCACCUUCUUACUUAUUUGGUACCAUCCACGUGCCCUACACCCGAGUCUGGGACUUCAUUCCCAACAGCUCCAAGCAGGCUUUCCACGACAGCAAUAACGUUUACUUUGAGCUGGACCUGACUGAUCCCCUGACCAUCUCCAAACUGACCAGCUGCCAGUUACUGCCCCACGGAGAAAACCUGCAGACCCUGCUACCUCGAGAUCUGUACCGCCGACUCAAACGCCAUCUUGAUUACGUCAAACACAUGAUGCCUUAUUGGAUGACAGCUGACCAGCGAGGCCGAGGCCUGUAUGCCGACUACCUGUUCAAUGCUAUUGCAGGGAACUGGGAGAGGAAGAGGCCUGUGUGGGUAAUGCUGAUGGUAAACUCACUCACAGAAUGGGACGUCCGGUCCCGGGGGACACCAGUGCUUGAUCUGUUUCUAGCUCAAGAGGCAGAGCGAAUGGGAAAGACUACAGGGGCAGUUGAGCAAGUGGAGGAGCAGUGUCAUCCCCUCAAUGGACUCAACUUCUCUCAGGUGCUGUUCGCCUUGAACCAGACGCUGCUGCAGCACGAGGGUGUUCGAGCGGGCAGCCUCCAAGGUUCCUACACCACAGAGGACCUCAUUACACACUACAACUGUGGUGACCUCAGCGCUAUCAUCUUAAACCAUGACACCUCACAGGUUGAUUCAUUUAAGGACUGCUCACCCCGUUGUAAAAAAUAA